AUGGAGCCCUCCAACCUGGAGAAGCAGCGUCAACCAGAAGAGCCGCGAUACCUCAACUUCAAACACUCCCAACCAGGCUCAGGACUGAACAGAUACUCCUCGACCCUCACUCGCGAGCAUGACUUCCCCGCCGCCCAGGCCAUGCUGUACGCCGCCGGGGUCCCCAACGAACACGUGCUCAAAACGUACCCGCAAGUCGGCAUAGCGAGCGUGUGGUGGGAGGGCAACCCCUGCAACAUGCACCUGCUAGACAUUGGCAAAGAGGCGAAGAAGUGCAUUGAGAAGCAAGAGAUGCUGGGGUGGCAGUACAACACUAUUGGCGUGAGCGAUGGGAUAGCGAUGGGAGGGGAGGGCAUGCGGUUCAGUCUGCAGACGCGAGAAAUCAUCGCGGAUAGCGUGGAGACCGUGACCUGUGCACAACACCACGAUGCGUGUAUUGCGAUUCCGGGCUGUGACAAGAAUAUGCCUGGUGUGGUGAUGGGCAUGGCGAGACAUAACCGCCCUAGUUUGAUGAUUUACGGCGGGUCGAUUAACCCUGGCUAUUCGAAAUUAUUGCAGAAACCUAUCAAUAUCGCGAGCGUGUAUGAGGCGCAUGGGGGGUAUUUGUAUGAUAGUCUGAAGAAUCCCAGUGACCCGAGUCAGACGAAGGAGGAUCUUCUGAAUGAUAUCGAGAAGCACGCUUGUCCGACGCAGGGUGCUUGCGGCGGGAUGUUCACGGCGAAUACAAUGGCGACGGCGAUCGAGACGAUGGGACUCACCGUGCCCGGAUCCUCGUCCACGCCCGCGAGCAGUCCGGCGAAGAUGCGGGAGUGCCAGAAAGCCGCGGAGGCGAUCAAGAUAUGCAUGGAGAAGGACAUCAAGCCGCGGGAUCUCAUGACCAAGAAGGCGUUCGAGAAUGCUCUGGUCAUGAUGAUGGCGCUGGGAGGGUCGACGAAUGGAGUGCUGCAUUUGCUCGCCAUGGCCGGCACGGCGGAGGUGCAGUUGGAGCUGAAAGAUUUCCAGCGCAUCAGUGGUAAAGUGCCCUUCAUCGCGGAUCUUGCGCCGAGUGGGAAGUACCUGAUGGUGGAUCUUUUCGAGAUUGGAGGCAUCCCCUCGGUGCAGAAGUUACUCAUUGUCGCGGGGUUGCUGGAUGGGAGUACGUUGACGGUCACGGGCAAGACGCUCGCGGAGAAUGUCGAGAGCUGGCCGAGUUUGAAGCAGGGGCAGGAGAUGAUCAAAAGUUUGGAGAGUCCUAUCAAGCCGAGCGGGCAUAUUGAGAUUCUGUACGGGAACUUGGCGCCGAAUGGGGCGGUGGCGAAGAUUACGGGCAAGGAGGGGAUGAAGUUUGUCGGGAAAGCGAAGGUGUUUAAUAAAGAGCACGAGUUGGACGAUGCGUUGAACAAGGGUCAAAUCCCGCGAGGGGAGAAUCUCGUGCUGGUUGUGAGAUAUGAAGGACCGAAAGGCGGUCCUGGCAUGCCAGAGCAGUUGAAGGCAAGUGCCGCAAUCAUGGGCGCUGGACUCAAAAACGUCUCCUUGAUCACGGACGGGCGGUAUUCGGGUGCUUCGCAUGGGUUCAUCGUGGGACAUAUUUCUCCUGAAGCUGUGGUCGGUGGUCCUGUUGCGUUGGUGAAAGACGGGGAUACGAUUACGAUUGAUGCGGAUAAUAACCGGAUUGAUAUGGAUGUGAGUGAUGAGGAGCUGAAGCAGAGGCUGAGCGAGUGGAAGCCGCCGAAGAUGCCUGUUACGAGGGGUGUUUUGGCCAAGUAUGCGAGGUUGGUGGGCGAUGCGAGUACGGGUGCGAUGACUGAUCUGUUUUGA